AUGCCUCACUCCUGCACAAGCACAGAGUCAGUUGAGGACUCUAUCCUGAUCGCUAUUGAUCGAGGCGGAACCUUUACCGAUGUCUGGGCGUCUGUCGAGGGCAAGCCUGAUCUUGUCUUCAAGCUUCUCUCUGUGGACCCGGAUCACUACAAGGAUGCUCCCACAGAAGGUGUUCGAAGAGUGCUCUGUCACUAUCUUGGACGAGACAUCCCCAAGUCAGAGCCUCUUCCCAAGAAGCCCAUCCGCGCAAUCCGCAUGGGCACCACGGUUGCUACAAAUGCCCUUCUGGAGCGUAAAGGAAGUCGACACGCCUUCUUGGUGACAAAGGGCCACAGAGACGUCCUGGAGAUUGGCUCCCAGCAACGUCCCAACAUCUUUGCUCUCGACAUUCGCAAGGCUGCCGUGCUGUACGACACCGUAGUCGAGAUCGACGAGCGCGUCACUCUUGAGCACUACGACGAGGAGGCUGACCGCGUCAACGGUGUCCGCAAAGUCAUCCAGGGCGAGGUUGUCGAGGGGGUUGGCGGCGAGCUGAUAAGGGUCCUGGAGAGCCUCAACGAGGACACGACAAAGGCAUCGCUCCAAAGCCUCCGGGAUCAAGGCUACACCACUGUUGCGGUCUGUCUGGCCCAUUCCUUCCUCUUUCCCGACCAUGAACGGAGAAUCGAGGCCUUGGCAAAGGAGAUGGGUUUUGACCACGUCUCCCUGUCGUCUGCUGUUGGCGCCAACAUGGUCAAGAUGGUGUCUCGUGCCGGCACGGCCUCUGCGGAUGCCUACCUCACACCGGAGACCAACAAGUACAUUGCCGGUUUCGCAGCCGGCUUUGAAGACGGUAACCUUGAAGGGCUGCGCUGCGAGUUCAUGCAGAGCGACGGUGGUCUGGUCAACUACAAGUCAUUUAGUGGUAUGAAGGGCAUCCUAAGCGGACCCGCAGGCGGUCUUGUCGGCUUUGCUCGGACAUCCUAUGACGGCGAAACACCUGUCGUUGGCUUCGACAUGGGAGGAACCUCUACCGACGUGAGCCGCUACGGGGGUACCUUUGACCACGUCUUCGAAACCACCACCGCCGGAGUCACCAUCCAAAGCCCCCAGCUGGACAUAAACACAGUCGCAGCCGGCGGUGGCAGCAUUCUCUUCUGGGAGAACGGCCUCUUUAGGGUCGGGCCCGAGAGUGCUGGUGCCCAUCCCGGCCCAGCAGCGUACCGAAAGGGAGGCCCCCUCACCAUCACCGACGCCAACCUACUCCUGGGGCGUCUCCUGCCGGAGUACUUCCCCAAGAUUUUUGGGCCCGACGAGAAUCAGGGUCUCGACGUGGAUAUCGUGCGGCAAAAAUUUGAGCAAUUGGCCAGUGACAUUCGAAGGGACACUGGUCGAGAUGUGACACCUGAAGAGGUCGCCGUUGGCUUCAUCGAGGUCGCCAACGAGACCAUGUGCAGACCGAUCCGAUCUCUGACGGAAGCACGAGGCUUCGAGAUCGAUUCGCAUAAUCUCGCCGUGUUUGGUGGAGCGGGAGGUCAGCAUGCCUGUGAGAUCGCAGAAAACCUCGGUAUUUCUAAGGUUGUGAUGCACAAAUAUUCUAGUCUUCUGUCGGCAUACGGCAUGGCCCUUGCCGAGGUCGUCCAAGAAGCCCAGGAGCCAUGCAACGAGGUCCUCACAGCCGAAAGCCUGCCCAAGAUCAGCGCCCGCCACGAGCAUCUGCGAAAGUUUGGCACAUAUGCCCUCAUUCAGCAAGGAGUCGACCAGGCAGCCAUCAGGCACGACGUCUAUCUCAACCUCCGUUACCGUGGCAGCGACACCACCCUGAUGAUCCUGGAGCCCGCUGAUGGAGACUGGAAGAGGGAGUUUAUCGCCGAGCAUCUGAGAGAAUUCUCCUUUGUUCUCCCGGCCGACAGAGAGGUGCUCGUCGAUGACAUCCGCGUUCGGGCUAUUGGUGUCAGUACCGAGAGCACCAAGGAUAACGAGGCCCUUGAGCAAGAGCUGAAAGGUGAGAGCUUCACGCCCAUCAACGCAGACAAGCUCGCGGCCGAGACGCGACCCAUGUAUUUCAAGCACGGCAGCUUCCACCAGGCCAGCGUUUUGCUGCUCAAGGAUCUGUCCCCCGGCAAUCUGGUCUCGGGACCCGCGGUGAUAAUCGAUGACACGGCGACUGUCGUGGUAGCCCCCAAGUGCAAGGCCCGAGUUCUCUCGAAUCACAUCAUCAUCGAUGUCGAGGCCCAGAACCCCUCAAAGGCCGAUGCCCUGACCGUCGACCCAGUUCAGCUCUCCGUGUUUGGUCAUCGAUUCAUGAGCAUUGCGGAGCAGAUGGGUCGCUCGCUGCAGAAGACCUCUGUCUCUCUCAACAUCAAGGAGAGACUUGACUUUGCUUGUGCCAUCUUUGGCCCUACCGGUGACUUGGUAGCUAACGCACCCCACGUCCCUGUCUUCCUGGGUAGCAUGAGCUAUGCGGUAAAGGGUCAGAUCGAGCAGGUCGGUGACAAGAUGCAGCCUGGUGAUGUCUUUGUAACGAACCAUCCCGUGAGCGGAGGAACACAUCUGCCCGACUUGACCGUUGUCACUCCGGUGUUCGACCAGGCUGGCAAGGAGAUCCUCUUCUUCCUUGCCUCUCGUGGCCACCACACUGAUAUCGGCGGCUCUGAGGGGACGUCCAUGCCGCCCAACUCCACCGAGCUGUGGCAGGAGGGUGUUGCAAUCCACACAUUCACCAUGAUCCGCGGCGGCCAGUUCGACCACGAGGGCAUCGCCAAGAUCUUUGCCGAGCCAGGAACCCGACCUGGAUGCAACAGCACGCAACGUUUGAGUGAUAACAUCACUGACCUCCAGUCCUUUGCCGCCGCCAACAACAAAGGCGCCAAACUCCUCAACAGGCUGAUGGACCAGUACGGCCAGAAGACGGUGCAGUUCUACAUGGAUGCCAUCCAGUCCAACGCCGAGAUUGCCAUCCGGAGAUUCCUCAAGAAGGUCCGCACGCAGUACCCCGGAGGCAGGCUCAGUGCCGUCGGCUACAUGGACAACAGUUCCCGGAUCUGCCUCCAAGUUCAGAUCCGAGAGGAUGGAAGCGCCACCUUUGACUUCACCGGCACCACUCCCGAGCUCCACGGAAAUAUGAACGCGCCCAGGGCCCUCACAUACUCUGGCGUUAUUUUCUGCCUUCGAACUAUGAUUGGGGCUGAUAUCCCGCUGAAUCAGGGAUGCCUAACACCUAUCGAUAUCGUCAUUCCCGAAGGCUGCUUCUUAAAUCCUUCGGGAGCUGCGGCUGUAUGCGCCGGCAACACGCACACUUCGCAGCGCAUCUGCGACACGAUCCUUCACGCGUUCGAAGCCGCUGCUGCCUCUCAGGGAUGCAUGAACUGCGUCGGCUUCUUUGGCGGCGAGGCCCUCGACGAGGCUGGCCGCACCAAGGGCUUCCGGUAUGCCUUUGGCGAGACUAUCUGUGGCGGUGCAGGCGCUGGACCAACAUGGCACGGCGCGAGUGCCGUGCACACUCACAUGACCAACACACGCAUCACCGACGCAGAGCUCGUCGAGAAGCGGUACCCGGUCCUCAUGAGGGAGUUUAGCAUCCGAAAGGGAAGCGGUGGCAAGGGCACGUUCAAUGGCGGCGACGGAACUCGAAGAGUGUACGAGGCUCUGGCGCCGCUUAGCUUCAGCGUCAUCACUGAGCGGAGGACGACGAGGCCUUAUGGUCUCCGCGGCGGUGAUCCGGGCGCGUUCGGAUCGAAUACAUGGAACCGCAAGCUCGAGGAUGGAUCGUUUAGGGCGGUGAACCUUGGACAGAGGAACAUGGUGAGGAUGAAGGCUGGUGAUCAGUUGGUGAUUGAAAGCCCUUCGGGAGGUGGUUAUGGUCCUGUUAGUGAUAAGUUGAAUGAGGAAAAGACAUCGAAUGGAGUCAAUGGAUACAGCAAGGUUGUUAGGGUUAACGAGCAUGCUAACUGGGCGGCUGAUGGAUUUUAA